AAAUCAUUACAUCCUUUGAUUUGUUUGUAGUGAUAGUGAAUGCUGUUAAUAUUUAGUUCUGUUUAGCAGUGUUUGAUCUUUAAAAGAAUGGACAUAGUGCUGGGCUAUGCUGACAGGUUUGUCCUUACCCCAUAUGUUUACCCCUCUACAUGGACAGAGGAUGACCCUCUCCGACAGAUUCUUAGUCUCCUGCUGAUUACAAACAUUGGGGGAUAUAUCCUGUAUUUCAUGACGGCCACCAUCAACUAUUUCACUAUAUUUGAUUCCCGCUUGAUGAAACACCCGUUAUUUUUAAAGGACCAAGUGAGACUUGAGAUAUUAUACACAGUUAAAUCUGUGCCCCUUAUGUCCAUCCCCACUGUGGCCUUAUUCUUCAUAGAGGUCAGAGGUUACAGUAAGUUGUAUGAUGCAGUGCCCAACUCCUUGAGUGACUGGUGUAACAUUCUGCUCAGCGUUGUGAGUUUCAUCGUGUUCACUGAUGCCUGUAUUUACUGGAUUCACCGCUUCCUUCACCACAAACUUAUAUACAAAUACAUCCACAAAGACCACCACCGCUGGAAGGUCCCCACACCAUUCGCUUCCCAUGCUUUUCACCCCCUAGAUGGAUUUCUCCAAAGCUGUCCGUACCACAUCUAUCCCUUUCUGUUUCCGCUACACAAAUGGACCUACCUGUGUCUGUUUGUGUUUGUGAACAUUUGGACGGUGUCUAUCCAUGACGGUGACUACAGAGUGCCCCUCCCCCUGGAACCGUUCAUCAAUGGCUCUGCCCACCACACCGAUCACCACCUGUUCUACAACUAUAACUAUGGCCAGUUUUUCACUCUGUGGGACAGAAUUGGGGGCUCCUUCAGGCACCCCAGUUCACUGGAGGGCUGUGGUCCCAUUCAAGAUAUACUCAAGAAAGAGAACUCCAAUGGGACAAUAUUUAAUGGCAAGUUGAGAAAAGAGGAAUGAAAGGAAAUGUACAAUAUUAAUGUUCAUAUAAAGUUUUGGAAUGAAUGCAGGGAAAUAAGCUCGAUAUUUUCUAACUGAUUUUGUCGUGUGUUAUUUUUGUAACUUUGUGUUUGCUUUAGGGAUGAUGAAUUGUUUUUGAUUUAUGGAGACUUGAAAAAAAUUAUGUACAAAAGCAGAUGUUCCAUCCCUAUAUUACUGUUUUCUACUAAAACAAUCAAAUUUAAGAUAGAAAUAUGAUGCUUACCUGAACAAGUAUUUAUAAGAUUUAAUAGAUAUGAUGAUUGUGUAAGUUCAAUGUUUUUUUUACUCUGAUUUGUUCGUAAGUCAAACAAGUUGAAGAUUCUCAGUGGAUGCCUAACUCCUGUGAUUUUUAAUGAAAAAUUGCAAUUGCAAUAUGUUCACUUCUUGAUUACUCUCAUGUAAGUUUUUAUUUUAUUUUCGACAUAAUGUAGUUUAUUUCACAUACAUUGUAUUACCAUGCAAUAAUGAAAGGUAGUGCAUAUGCUGUACACUUUGAUAUGAAAUUACUUUAUUUUUUUAUCUGUCAGAAAACACAAACUAUACAUACCGGAUGUAUAUUAUUGAGUUAUUCUUUAUACAUUUUUUUUUACUGAAACUCAACUUAUCUAUUUUUAAUAAUUUUUUGUUUUAUUGUGCCAUAGACAGUCUGAAUGGUAACAUGUUGAUUAUAUUAUAAUAUAAUAAUAUGCAAACAAACAAAAAGUCAGUGAUACAAGUAUACACAUUACAUUUUAUUAAAUGGCUGUAUAAAUAUAUUUUCAAGACUUAAAAAUGUUCCUAGCCUAGCGGUGAACCUAGAUCUAACCUCAGGGCUGCAUAUUUUCACCUGUGUCUGUUAUUUAUUAAUAAUUAAUUAAUCUAAAUAUCAACAGUAUUUUUAAAUGUGAUCUUGGCCCAGCGGUAAACUUAGACUGCAUAUUAUUAAAUAAUCUGAAUAUCAACAGUUUUUAAACAUGUGAAAUCCUAGAUAUGAUUAUACAUAUGUCAUGUAUUUGUUAUUCUAUUUAAACAAAUUUAAGUUUGUUAAAAUUGAUGAUAUAAAGAAUUAUGAAUGCCUCUAAUGGCAUUGCCUGCACCACUCAGUUAGUGUUCAAACUUACCAAAAACUCUGUACAUUUAUCCUAACACUACAAUUUUACCAACAUGGGUAAAACUAAUCAUUGAUAUUCUUUUAUAUUAUAGUAUUAAACUAUUUGUUCAUUUUCAGUCAUCCAUGUUUAAUAGGUUAUUGUGGAAUUUUAUCAGUUUUGCAUAGCUGUUAUUGAUUAUUUAAAAUUUAGUCAUUGAAUCAAUAUUGUUAAAUAGAGCAGGAAUUCACAGAGUACUGUCUAGAUUUGGGUAUUUGUUGCAAUAACUGACUGAACUCAACUAAUCCAGGGUAGCAAUUAAGUACUUACUCUGAUUAUACCUAAAACAA